UCAAAAAGCGAGAGAGCUCGAGAGAAAGAGAAAAAAAAAAAAAAGAGGAGAAGCGCGAAAAACCUUAAAAUUCAGUUUGAUACCAAGGGUUUAUUUUUGCUGUUCCUGUUUGGGGGUUAGGGUUUGUUAUGGUGUGAAGUUUAAGUGGAAUUUUGCAAGAAGAAAGUGAUUAUUGAGGAUCUCUAAAGAGAUAGAGAAAAUGGCUGCUGCUGACAAACUACUAGAGAGUCAGCUUAUGGAAUAUGGCAAAAAGCUUCUCAAACCACCUUCAUCUGUUGAUCAACUUUUACAUAUUUUGGAUAAAGUUGAAAUUCAUCUGUCCAAAGUGGAGCAAUCACCAUCUGAAUCGAUGCAUAAUGCUCUGACUCCCUCAAUCAAGGCAUUGGUUGCGAAAGAAUUGUUGCGCCACCCUGAUGUGGACGUGAAAGUAUCAGUGGCAUCUUGCAUUAGUGAGAUUACACGAAUUACAGCACCAGAGGCUCCUUAUGAAGAUGAUCAGAUGAAGGAGAUUUUUCAACUGAUUGUUGGUUCAUUUGAGAAACUCUAUGAUACCUCUAGCCGCUCAUAUCAUAAGAGAGCUUCGAUACUGGAAACUGUUGCAAAGGUUCGAUCCUGUGUAGUCAUGCUGGACUUGGAAUGUGAUGGGUUGAUAAUUGAGAUGUUUCAGCAUUUUCUGAAAGCCAUUAGGGAUAACCAGCACGCCAUAUUUUCCUCGAUGGAGACAAUUAUGAUUCUAGUUUUAGAGGAAAGUGAAGAAGUCUCAACAGAGCUUCUUUGUCCACUCUUAACUAGCGUUAAAAAGGAGAAUCAGGAUGUUUUACCUAUUGCAAAAAGAUUGGCGGAGGAAGUUCUUGAAAAAUGUGCUGCCAAAGUCAAGCCUUACCUGAUGCAGGCGGUGUUAUCCUUGAGCACUUCUGUGCACGAUUACAGUAAUGUUAUUGCUGCCAUAUGCCAGGAGACUUGUGGGAAUAUCAAGAAUGAUGAUGUGUGUGCAUUUGAAGAACAUCUGAAUGAUCAGGAGAAAACAAAAGCAAGGGUUGACUCUCAUGAUGCAACACAGGUAGUAGAUGAGCAGAAGCCUGAGGUGGCGGAGGAGCAGAAGCCUGAGGUUGCUGAGCAGCAGAAACCAGAGGCGGCUGAGGAAGAGAAACCAGAGGCGGCCGAGGAAGAGAAGCCAGAGGUGGCCAAGGAAGAGAAGUCGGAGGUGGCCGAGGAAGAGAAGCCGGAGGUGGCUGAGGAAAAGGCAGAAGUGGCUGAAGUGCAGAAGCCAGAAGUGGCUGACGAGCAGAAGCCAGUUGUGACUUCAGGAGCUUCGGAAUCCAUAGCUAAAAAAUCAGAAAAGCCGGUAACGAGCAAUGGUACUUCUGGGAAAAGUGACACUCUGAUAACUUCAGAUGGCUUGGAAAAGGAAGUGAUUUCUAGUGCUACUAUUCGAUGUACUGAAGAUGAACUUAAUGUGAACUCAUCAAAGACAGCUGAUUCGGAAACUAAUCUAGACCCUGUUGUUACGGAGCCAGCAGAAGUGUCUGACCGUUCCCAGACAUUAAGUGACAAACAAGAUGGAGAACAUGAAGACGAGAAGAAGAGUCACAGUGCGGAAGCUAAUAGUUCACCUCUGAAACAGUGCUCUUUAGGUGAGACAGCCGUUUCUUUGGAAAAUGAGAUGCUGAAGUCACCAACUGUGUCGCAAAAUGAAACUGUAAAUGCUGCUUCACCAUCCCAUAGUCAGAGUCUUCUUGAAGAAACUAAUUCCAAGGAAGGUGCUAGGCAGCAAAAGAAGAAUACAGAUACUCGAGAUAGCGAACUUGAUUCAUCUUUAGCGCACAAGGGAGGUUUGUCACAGGACCAGGAUGAGGAUCAAACAUCUCCAUCCGCAGAUGUAGUUUUCAGUAAGGAGAUUAAAGGUGAGAUAGGUUCCAAAGAAGAACAAGCAGUUUCAGAAGAUGAAGCACUUCCAUCUACAGAAGUGAUCUCACAGAGUGACUCUAAGGUCAAAAAAGGUUCAGGAGCAAAAACAAAUACCAGAUCGCGUAGAAAGGCAAGAGCCAGUGAAGUAAGAAGUUCACGUCUUAUGGAUGAUAUCUUAGCUAGUGAUUCUGAAGCAAAGCCAGUCGGACCAUCCAGCAAGAAAGAGUCUUCCAAGGAGGAUGAGCUGUCUGAUAUCAAGGAGGAAGUUAGAACAAAAAAUGGAAGGGGAAAAAGUAAAACUGAGAAGGAUGUUACUGGAGAAUCGUGUAUGGAGGUCGAUGCUUCCAAGGAGGAUGAAAACCCCCGCGACAAGAACAUCAGAACAAAAAAAGGAAGGGGAAAAGUCAACUCCAAAGAGGUGACUGGAGAACCAAGUAAUACCAAGAAGGAUGUUACUGAAGAACCAUGUAUUGAAGUAGAUGCUUCCAAGGAGGAUGAGAUCUCUCAUGAUAAGGACAUCAAAACAAAAAAAGGAAGGGGAAAAGUUAACUCCAAAGAGGUGACUGGAGAACCAAGUAAUAAGGCUUCUUCGCCGAAGUCCACAGAAUCAUCAGAUAAAGAGCAGAGCCAUCUGAUGGUAACUCCGAGUCCAAAAUCAAAGAGAAAACGUGCUCCAGGGAAUGACGUGACCGAUAAAAAAACAAAGUCAGUUGAUGCUGGCAAGGAACUGAUAGGGCAAAAAGUCAAGGUUUGGUGGCCAGAUGACAAGAAGUUUUAUCAAGGCACUGUUGACUCUUAUAAUCAUAUUUCAAAAAAGCACAAGAUUACAUACACAGACGGUGAGAUAGAGAAGUUGGAUCUUAAGAAGGAAACAUGGGAAACUAUUGAAGAGUUUGAACCAGAAGAAGAAAGCGCUCCGAGUCCUGAUUCUUCUGAAACGCAUCAAAAGAAAAAGGGGAAAAAGGAAUCGGAUUCCUCAACCUCGAAAACAAAGAUGAACACUUCAACCAAAAGGCGGGGAAGUGUUUCAGCAAAGAAAUCUGAUGGUGCAGCAAUUGAGUCUGACCUAGCUGGUAAGUCUGGCGAUAGUAGUAACAAAUCCAAGGGCAGCAGCAGUAAGGGAAGCAAGUCCAAGGAUGAGAGAUCUACUAAAGCCAAGGACGAGAAGGAUUCAACUCCUAAAGCUAGAAGUAAGCUGAAAGAAACUCCCAAAGCACAAGGCGACAAGGUCAAGGGCUCAUCCAAGUAUGAUGAUGCAACACCAUUAAACAAGGGAAAGGGUGAUAGCAAUAGCAAGGCUGGUGCCAAUGGAACUUCUGCUGCCAAAAAAAGAAAAUCCGAUUCUUCAUCGAAAGCCCAAGAAGUUUCGUCACCAGGAAAGAAAGGAAAGGCAGAGGAUAGUGAGAACAAAAGCGGGGGUAAAAACAACGCCCAGAAGAGUGGGCGAAAGCGUCCCAGAAAGUAGAUGGGUGUAUGUAGGUCCGACUGAUUAGAGAUUCCUUUGUUUGACCAUAAUGUUUGUCUUGGACCCUCCCUCCUCUCCACAUUCUCCUCAGGUAUAUAUGGAUCGUCUGAUGUGGGUAUCCAUCCAUCUGCUGCAGUAGUUUCGGAUGCUGAUGAUGACAAUGCUGUCUGUUCCUGGUAGGUCAUGUUAUCAGGGUCCUUAUCAUUCCCUAAAUUGGAGGCAUCUCUGAUGGUGUGGAGGGGUUGGUUGCUAUGCACUGAGUAGCUUUGGAGGCAUCUCUGAUGGUGUUCUGUUUCCUAAAUUGGAAAAAAAAUAGUAUUGCUCUUUGCAACAGUAGUAGUAGAUAGAUAAAAAUGCUAGUGAACUUUUAGCUUUUAAGAUGACCUUUUUUCUUCUUCUUCCUGAACAGUGUUAAAUUAUUAAAUCAUAUUUUUGAUUCGUAGACGACGUGCUUUCUUAUUGUUGCAUUUGUGUUCCAAAUAUUUGAGGCUCCUUGCUUCCAUUGGGUGUUGAGUAUCUAUUUGCUUGACGUGAUUUGGUCAGCAAGAGCUCUUGUUUGUC